CAAACACACCACUUCUACCUAUCAAGUGAUCAUCCUCAUCUUCCUUCCUUCCUUCCUUCCUUCCUUCUACAAAAUAAUCUUCUCUCUAUUUCUUUUUAUUAAGAAUGGGUUCUCUUGAGGCUUCCGCUCCUCUAGGGAGGACAACCGUGCACCGCCUGAUCGCGGAGGAAGGAUCGGUGUUGAUGCCCGGUAUCCAAGACGCCUUCUCCGCCGCCAUUUGUGCCAAAACUGGCUUCAAAGCUUGCUUUGUGUCUGGCUUUGGUGUUUCUGCUGCCCUUCUUGGCCUGCCUGACUUUGGCUUGCUCACAACAACCGAGGUUGUGGAAACUGUUCGUAGAAUUACCGCUGCUGCUCCAGACUUGUGUGUAGUUGUUGAUGGAGACACCGGAGGUGGUGGCCCACUUAACGUCCAAAGGUUCAUCAAAGAAUUGAUUGCCGCUGGUGCCAAGGGUGUGUUUUUGGAGGAUCAAGUAUGGCCCAAGAAGUGUGGUCAUAUGCGUGGUAAGAGUGUUGUACCAGCAGAGGAGCAUGCACUUAAAAUUGCAGCAGCAAGAGAAGCUAUUGGUGAUUCUGAUUUUUUCUUGGUAGCAAGGUCUGAUGCUAGAGCUCCCCAUGGUCUUCAAGAAGCUAUUCGACGGGCUAACCUUUACAGAGAGGCUGGAGCUGAUGCCACCUUUGUCGAGGCACCAGCAAAUCUCGAAGAGUUAAAAGAGGUUGUUAGAGAUGUUAAGGGUUUGAGGAUUGCUAACAUGAUCGAGGGUGGAAAGACCCCACUUCACACACCAACAGAGUUCAAGGAAAUGGGAUUCCACUUGAUCGCUCAUUCACUCUCGACAAUCUAUGCUACAACUAAAGCUUUGGUUGACAUCAUGAAGGUUCUUAAGGACAAGGGUACCACCAGGGAUGAUUUGGAGAAGAUUGUUACUUUCUCUGAAUUUAACGACAUGAUUAGCUUGGAAUCUUGGUAUGAGACUGAAUCAAAGUUCAAGAACUUCACCCCAAAAUCUUUGGAAUCAUAAGUUAUGGUUAUCUUAUCUAGCAUGCCAAAUUAAGGCAUUAGAAAUCAUGGGUUUGAAAUUUCAAUUCUUAUUAUUAUUGUUAUUGUUUAAUUAAUGUUGUUUGAAAUAAGGCAUGGGUAAUGCUUGUUACUUUGUUAGUAUUAUUUUUUAGUGUGAGAUCAAGAUUCACAUAUGUUGUAAUCAUUUGUUUUAUUUAGCAUUAUUAUUACAUGAGUUUAUUUUAUAUAAAUCUCAUGUUCCUUUUCUAAUGAGAAAAUGAAUAAAACAAUUCAUUAUUGCUUA